AUGGCGGAAACGAAGGAAGAGAGUAAAUCUAACGAAGAGAGUGUGAAACUAUUCGUAGGUCAAGUACCGAAGCACAUGACGGAAGAUGAGUUACUCACAAUGUUCAAAGAGUUUGCUUUGGUUGAAGAAGUCAACAUCAUCAAAGACAAAGCUACUCGCGCUUCUCGAGGUUGUUGCUUUGUGAUUUGUCCGUCUAGAGAUGAAGCUGAUAAGGCCGUUAAUGCGUGUCACAAUAAGAAGACGUUACCCGGGGCAUCUAGUCCUUUGCAAGUGAAGUAUGCUGAUGGCGAGUUGGAAAGAUUAGAGCACAAACUUUUCAUUGGCAUGCUUCCAAAGAAUGUUUCUGAAGUUGAAGUAUCUGAACUUUUUUCCCAGUAUGGAACUAUAAAGGAUUUACAGCUUUUAAGAGGUUCUCAACAGACAAGUAAAGGUUGUGCAUUUUUGAAAUAUGAAACUAAAGAACAAGCUCUUGCUGCUUUGGAAGCAAUCAAUGGAAAACACAAAAUGGAGUAUUUUGGACCUUCAAGCGGCAUCCAGCCACAAAAUCCUGUUGGUGAGCGAUGUGAACAUUUAAUCAUGUUCAGAUUUCAUUAUAGACCUGCAAUUGUUGUUUCAGUUUUGCUCGAACUGGAUCUAAGCUUGGGAAAGGGAAAAUCAAGCUUUGGCUUGUUAAGCUUAUUACAUGGUUCAAGUGUUCCUUUAGUUGUCAAAUGGGCUGAUACUGAAAAGGAAAGACAAGCCCGAAGAGCUCAGAAAGCACAAUCUCAAGCUUCUAAUGUGGGACAUGCUGAUUCUCAGCAUCCUUCGUUGUUUGGAGCCAUGCCUAUGGGCUAUGUACCCCCAUAUAACGGUUAUGGUUAUCAGGCUCCAGCAAAUUAUGGGCUUAUGCCGUACCGCAUGCCGCCAAUGCAGAAUCAAGCUGGUUACCACAAUAUGAUGCCUCACAUGAAUCAAGGAAAUGCUUUGCGGCCCGAUCUUGGCCCCAAUAUGAAUCCUAGAAACUAUCACGUACCUCCUGCAGGUUAUGUUGGUUCUUAUCCUGCUGUGCCAGGUAUACAACAUCCAAUGCCCUAUCCUGCAGGAAUGAUUAGUCCAAGGCCUAUGAAUAGUCCUCCUGGUUCUGUUUCACCUUCCGGUGGAAAUGGUAACUCUGCAACAUCUUCAGGGUCCAGCAAAAAUUCAGGCGGUGGUCAGAUUGAAGGACCCCCUGGCGCAAAUCUAUUUAUCUACCACAUACCUCCAGAAUUCGGAGAUCAAGAGCUUGCUAAUGCUUUUCAACCUUUCGGUAGAGUUUUAAGUGCUAAAGUUUUUGUUGACAAAGCAACCGGUGUCAGCAAAUGUUUCGGGUUUGUAAGUUAUGAUUCCCCAGAUCAUGCUCAAUCUGCAAUAAGUAUGAUGAAUGGAUGCCAAUUAGGAGGUAAGAAAUUAAAGGUUCAGCAUAAGAGGGACAACAAACCUGGUAAAUAUUGA